AUGCCCGGAGGAAACUUUAUAAGAAUGCAAGGAGCAGUAAAAGAAAGAAUAAACAAAACUACUUUUAAAGUUGAAUUGGAUAAUGGCAAGGUUAUUUUUGCUUACAAGGCUUCUAAGUUCAGAGUUCUGAAAGGUAAUGGCAAAGGCACUCGCAACCCCUCUAUUAUGGUAGGAGAUAAAGUAAAAAUAGACAUUCCAGAAAAAGAUUUAACCAAGGGAAUGGUGGUGGG